AUGGCAUCGACGAUCUCAUUCCAGGGCCAGACGGUCAUCGUCACGGGCACCGAAACGAGUGUCGGUAAAGCUUUGGCGCGAUUGUUUGCUCAGCGCGGUGCCCAGGUCGUUGCGGCCAGCUUUGGUGUUCCUGACGGCAGCAGGGCCAUAGUUGAUGAAAUCAAUGUUGCCGGUGGCAAGGUGGUCCCCGCCGACGUGACAUUUGAAGAUGCGGCGAAAGCUGUCCAGACUGCCAUCGAGGCGUUUGGGUGCGUUGACAUCAUCAUCAACCACUCAGACCUGGCUCGCGACAGCGCUUUGGAGAAGAUGGCGGAGGAUGACUGGGAAAGUCUGGUGGAGGCUUACCUGAGAGCGUCCUUCCGAGUCACUCGAGCUGCGUGGCCCUAUAUGAAGAAGCAGAAGCUCGGCCGCAUCGUUUCCACAACCUCGCCAGCUGGAUUGUACGGGAGCAUAAACCAAUCGAACUUGUCUGCUGCCCAGCUGGGGCUCGUCGGCUUCACCGAAACCAUCGCGAGGGAAGGAGCCAAGUACAAUAUCCUCGCCAACGUUGUUUCUCUCUUGGAGAGCAAUCAAGCGGCCGCCAGCCUGUUACCGGACACGGUGCGCAGCACGCUUGGCCCAGAAGCUAUCGCCCCCGUGAUCGCCGUCCUCGCCCAUAUAUCCAACAAAGAAACAGGAAGUAUCUUCGAGACUGGCGGCGGAGAUGUUGCAAAGCUUCGUUGGGAAAGAGCGAGCGGCGCUCUGCUUCGGACCGACGAGACUCUGACUCCAUCAGCCAUCCUACACCGCUGGAACGAGGUGGUUGAUUUCCGGAAGCCUGAAUUCCCAAAGGGUGGAGCUGGGAUCUGGGAUAAGCUCCAGGCUUCACGGCUGCUCCCGGCGAAUCCACAGGGGGAAGAGCCACAGUUCGAUGGCAAGGUCGCUGUUAUCACAGGCGGUGGUGCUGGACUUGGUCGAGCCUACUGCCUCCUGUUUGCCAGGCUGGGUGCCGCGGUCGUUGUGAAUGAUUUCAAGGACCCAGAAUCUGUGGUGAAGGAGAUCCGCAGCCUUGGUGGCAAGGCCGUGGCAAGCAAUGCCAGCGUGGAACACGGCGACCAGGUGGUGAAGGCGGCAGUCGAGCAUUUUGGCCGAAUUGAUAUUCUAGUCAACAAUGCAGGUAUCCUGCGGGACAAGUCAAUCACCAACACAACGGAUAAGGACUGGACCGAUGUAUACCAGGUCCACCUGAAGGGCACAUACAGCUGCACACGGGCCGCCUACCCGUACAUGGUCCAGCAAGGUUACGGGAGGAUCAUCAACACAUCGAGUACCAGCGGCAUCUACGGCAACUUUGGCCAGACCAAUUAUGCUACUGCAAAAGCUGCAAUACUCGGCUUCUCAUGCUCCCUGGCCGUUGAAGGAGCAAAGUACAACAUUCGAGUCAACACGAUUGCACCGACAGCUGGAACUCAGCUUACGAAGACUGUGAUGCCAGAGAUAGCACUGCAAGCUUUAAAGCCCGACUAUAUUGCUUCCCUGGUUGUCCUACUCUGCUCCGACAAGCUUCCAGCGCGUGGUACUGGCCUCCUCUUCGAAGUUGGCGGUGGCUUCCAUGCACAAACACGGUGGCGGCGAUCGGGAGGACGCACGUUCGGAGCUAAAAUCACACCUGAGCGGAUUGCUAAGGACUGGUCUUCGGUUGUAAAUUUUGCAGACGGUCAUGCUGAUCAUCCGACGACUCUCACUGAGGCCCUCGAAAGAUUCGCGGUCGGUUCCAUGGGUAGUGGCGUCCUCGAGCGCAUUGAGAAGGCAAAGAGUACUCCGAUGAAGCCGGUCCAAAGUUCUUGGAUCAAGCGUGAUGUGCUGUUGUAUAAUAUCUCUCUUGGUGCUCGAAGCGACCAGCUGGAGCUCGUGUAUGAGAACCACCCCAACUUCCACGUUGUCCCAGCCUUCGGAGUCAUCCCGCAGUUCACAGCAAAAGCCAGCUUUAAUUACCCUAGACUCCUGCCAAAUUUUAACCCAGCUCUUCUGCUCCAUGGUGAACAGUACCUGGAGAUUCGCAAGUUUCCCAUACCCACUGCCGCUGAGGUCAUCAACAGUCCGGAGCUGCUCGAGGUGGUAGACAAAGGGAAUGCGGCCGUGAUCUACACGGGCAUUACAACCAAGGACGCAAAGACUGGAGAGGAUAUAUUCUACUCAGAGUCUGCCUCUUUUGUUCGUAAGUCGGGGGGAUUCGGCGGGCAGACCAAGCCAACCGAUCGUGGAGAUGCUACCGCCACCUUCCAACCCCCAAGCCGCACCCCGGAUCUCGUGCUGAAGGAAAAGACGUCGCCUGAUCAAGCUGCACUAUAUCGUCUGAAUGGGGACUACAACCCUCUUCACGUUGAUCCCAGCAUUAGUAAAAAGGGCGGCUUCCUGAAGCCCAUCCUCCACGGUCUUUGCACAUUUGGAAUUACGGCCAAGCACAUAUCCGAGGCGGUUGGGCCGUUCAAGAGUAUCAAGGCCCGCUUUUCUGGAACCGUGCUACCGGGUCAGACUCUUCUGAUCGAGCUCUGGAAAGAAAAGGACGGUGUUAUUUUCCAGACGAAGGUUGAGGAGUCUGGGAAAUUGGCCAUCAGUGGAGGUGGAGCUAGAUUAUAUGGCGCUGAGAACGCGAGACUGUAG